GAAGCAAACAAAAGAAGAGUAUUAUAUUGCGGAGAUACUAUAUGGGGGACGGGGCAGCAGCAGCAGCAGCUGCUGCUGAUCGGAACUGAACUACAGUGGAGUUGGUAACUUUUGGACCGAGGGGAGCCCAGGCUGCCUGAACCGGGAGAAAGGGUGAGAUGAGCCGCAAAAAACGCAUUCUGCUGGCAAGACCAUGUGAUUCCCAAUCCACCAAAAAAUAUAAAGCGGUCCACUCGUCGAGUCUGCUCUCCUCCUGCCUCUGUGCCAUCGGUUGCUCCAGCUCAUUCACACCUCCUUUUUCCAGUCCUCUUGCCCCCUCCUCUACUACAACUGAUCAUCACUGCGCACUGCCAUGGCCACCUUGGCUAGUAGUAUUCCUGUCUGGGCCCAUCUCCUGUAAGCUCUUUCACAUCCCUCGCCACCUCUGUGCAAUGAAUGAGUUCUGACUGCCUGCUCUCUGCGUGUAGUUGUUUGCGCUCCUCGCCAAUCACUUUGUCUUGGUCGACUACGAAAGUCGCCGGUCGCUGCACUCACUGUCUCUACUCACUGCUCAUAAUACUCACAUGUGGGCCGACGCCCCUCGCCCUUCUGCUGCUCCUGCUCCUGCUCCUGCUGCUGAAUGAGGUCUUGUGAAAGUGUGCACCAUCAUCUGCUCGCUUCUGCUGCUCCCGUUGUCGUCGUCUUCAUUGCCUUGUAAUUAGCUGCUCGCUCCUUCGUCUGCUGCUGCCUCCGUGUCCUCCAGUUCAUUCUUCGUCAGCACAAGCGACAGCGGCGUGGUGGAGCACGGGCAGCUGCCGAGGUCGACGUCCGAUGCGUUUACAGAUUGCGGAAGCUCGCCUCUUUCACAGCAUUGGGAAACUCACGAAAUGGAUUACUCGUCGCACUUCAUCAUCCCUCCUCAGGCGCACCUGACUUCCAACUCGCACAUGUCGCCCUUGCAAUGGGCCAACGCGCCCGACGCUGCCCACCAUGCCAGCCUCCUGCAGCACUGCUCAGACUACCAGCAGCAGCAGCAGCAGCAGCAACAACAGCAGCUGGAGAUUGCGCACCACCAGCAGCAGCAGGAUCAACAUCCUCACCUCCUUCGACAAGCGAAAUCGCACGUGAAUCAUUUGGCCGACAGUCACGAAGACAGCCGCGAUUCGAAGAGACCCGCCCCGAGCAUGGGUGCUCAGGAGGAGCUCGCAAAUUCUGAGGCUUUUAUCAAGAGGCCGAGGCUGGAGCAGCAGCAGCAGCAGCAGCAGCAGCAGACUCCCAACGUCCCGUUCAAGAUGCAGGUCCGGAAAGAGAAGCUGGGCGAGCGCAUCACCGCUCUUCAGCAGCUCGUCUCGCCAUUCGGCAAGACGGACACGGCGUCGGUGCUUCUGGAAGCAAUUGGCUACAUCAAGUUUCUGCAAGAGCAGGUCCAGGUGCUGAGCACACCGUACAUGAAAUCCAACGUCGGGCCCAGCAGCAUGCACCAUGACAAUCCACACGAUGUGAGCAAGAUGGGAUGGGCGUCGACCAAGGUGAAGAGCCAGGAUGACGCCAGGCAGGAUCUGCGAAGUAGGGGACUAUGCCUAGUGCCCGUGUCUUGCACUCUACAGGUGGCAAACGACAACGGAGCCGAUUUCUGGACGCCUGCCAUUGGGGGAAGCUGCCGGUAGUGCGAGGAGGCGACGACGACGACGACGUCGUGCGCUUCUUCCUGUCUGCUGCUCCCUUUCCAUCUUCUAGACAGUUUUGUUAAGUUGUUUAGUGCUCGAAGUUCUAGACCGACCGACCGACCGACCGACGACAUUCUCCGAUUCAGUAGUCAGUAUCAUCCACUGCUGCCCGCCCCCAAAUGCAAGCUUCUGCAGCGCCCUGAGUUGCUUAGGUCCUACCUCGGAGCUGAAUGUACAUACACCGUCGCCAGUGUACUCAGGCGGACCAUCCACUGAGCCAUCAUCCAAGCAAGCAAGCAUAUCAGAUCAGAUCAGUCAGGGCAAUCAAACCCCCAUGUGUGUCGAACAUUAAAAGCGUCUUGGUGCUGCAGAGCUCGUCGAGAACUUAGAUGAAGAGGGAGUGCACUGUGCCGUCUUCUCCCUGAUAUUCAUUCCCCUCAAAAAGUUGAGGGAGUCAGUAAAAGUAAACAGUGUACAUAAAAUAUGUAUUGGCAAUAAAACUGAUGCAGCAAUCAUUGGACAUCAUUCACUUCC